CAUCGGUCGUGCACUGCAAGUCACAGGCCGUGGAAUUCAUGUCUAUGGUCGGGAUGGGCCCCAUGCAAAUCGUCGGGAGUCCAAGCCCAGCUUUCACGCACCGUGUUUGCUAAUUGGAUACUCUCUACUCUGCGUUAGGUUUUAGGUGUACAGCGGCCAGAAACUCUGCAUAGGCAGCAACACUAACUUGCUCCGCAACACCGGGCCGGCAACUUGAAUUCCUUGGUCUGUAAUUCUCUUGUUCAAGGUAGUGACAUCAUGUUUCAUAUACUGUGACGAACUUCCUCGUAAUCAGCUCGACAACUAGGGAGAGUUCAAUCGUCGGCCGUCGGCGGCCACCGACACCACUCGUGGACCGCGCUCCGCAACACGCCCAUGAAGCUUUCAGCCUUCGGCCAGGCUGCCAGCCACGUGCCGCAGCGCCACGUGCGCACAGCCUCGUCAAACGGCGUCCCAGCGCCACACGCGCCGCUGCCGCCUCCACCCCAGCCGUCUCAGCCUGCAGGAAAUGGGCCCCAACGCGACAGCAACGCUGGCGUCGGCGCAUCGGCCACGGCUGCCGUUCCGACUUCUGCUCCGCUGCCAGCAGCUCCUGGGCUGCCUGUGGUGGGACUGCCGAACGGGCUUGACGCCAGCGCCGACGCCGCCCGGGACCUGAGCCAGAGGCUGCUGAUGGAGCAGAUGGCGGUUCUGCAGCGGCAGUUGAUGGACAUGGCCAAUCUGGUGGCGACCACCCAGGCUCAGAACCAGGCGCUCAUUGGCCAGGUCAGCGCCCUGUCGCAGCAGGUGGCGCACCUCGCCACGGCACCCGUUGCACCGCCGCAGGCACCGGUGCCGCCGCCCCAGCCGGCCGCGGCGGCAGCUGCUACUGCCCAAGUGACGGCAGUGCCACAGCCCCCGGUUGCAUCCGCACCUGCACCUGCGCCUGCUCCCACCCCCGCACCGGUGGUCCAGAAUGCGACCCUGACUGCCGUGCCGGUUGCUGCCAGCGACCCCGUCACGGCAGCCCCGGUUGAGGCCCCGGCUCCUGCAGCGGCGCCCAAGCCUACACCGGUCGCGCCACCGGUUGACGCUGAGGCCGCUGCGGCGCAGGCGCAGGUGCAGCAGCUGUCCGCAGCCGCAGAGGAGCUGCAGAGCUUGUUCACUCAGCUGGCGGCAAAGACCGGCGGCGCUGUCGCCACUCCUCAGCCACCGGCGGCGCAGGCGCAGCAGCAGCAGCGGCCCAUGGCGAGGGGCCCGCAACAGUCGGACCGGCGGCCCCAGCGUCAGGAGGACCAGCGGCGUGGCAAGCCCGUGGGCGGUGCUCCGGAGCCGCAGCCCAGCUCUGCAGCCGAGCCUCAGCCUCAGCCACCCUCAUCCUUAUCUGGUGUCGGUGAGGAAUAUUCGGCUGCACAGCCGCGGGUGUCAGGCCGGGGUGGUCGCUACGUUGGCCCACCUCGCGGCAGCGAGCAAACCUUUCCUCAGCGGCAAGCAGCCACCACGCCGCAGCCGCGGGCAGCUGCCCCCGAGGGCAUGUUAGGCUCCGGCACCGCGUCCAUUCCGCAGGACGCUGCUGCGGCCCCCACUGCGCCCGCAGCGGCCACAGCGCCCGCUGCCGGCGACGGGGCUGCGCAGGGCGGUGCUGCCGGGUCCUCGCCUCUGAUGGAGGCCCGCAUCCGCGGCUGCCGCACCGCCCUGGAGCUCAAGGCGCUGCUGGAGACACCCGGACGACUGGCGCCCGCCGACGCCGUGCUGGCGGCGCAGCAGCUGCCGCGCUUCGCCCGCAGCUGGCAGCAGCAGCAGGCACAGGGCCAGCAGCAGCCGCAGACGAGUGCGGCAGGGCCUGGUGGCAAGGCCGGCGCCGCGGCCAAGCGCUCCGACCCAGAGGCUGCGGCCAUUGAGGAGCUGCUGGGGCGGCUGCUGUCGCGCUUCACCUCGCCCGCCGCGCUGCAGAACCUGCGUCGCGCCUUCCUGCCCAACUACCUAGCCCUGCUGGCCGUCUGCACCGAGCUACGCAUGGCGCCGUCGCGCGCCUUCGCCGGCGCCGUACGGCAGCUGGUGACGGAGCACGUGGACGAGCUGGAUCCAGCCACGGCGGCGGCGGGCGUGGCGGCGGUGGCGGCGUUGGACGGCACAGUCGCGCCCGGCGUGCUGGCACGCGUGUGCAAGCUGCUCACGGACUCAGCGGCGGCACUGGCAUCACCGGCUGCGGCCUCGGCGACCGAGGCAGAGGCUGUAGCAGCUGACGGGGCAGAGGGUACGGCGUCACCGGUGGCAGCGCAGGCACAAGGGCCGAAGCGGUUCCUGAUGAGCGGCCGCGCCCUGGUUGCGGCUGGGCAGGUGGCGGCUCUGGGUCCGGCGGAGGCGGAGGCGGCGCGCCAAGUGCUGGCGGCGGCAGGCAGCGCCGCCGCCGCCCGGCCGUCGCCGCCGCGGGCGCUGUGCAACGCCGAGGCACUGACCGCCGCGGCGGCUGGCGUGCUGGCGUGCGUCGGCGCCGGUGUGCAAGUGCCGGCUGCACUGCUGAAACAGAUGGAGGUGGCGUCCCUCUCCGUCGACGGCGGGCGCAACUUCAACAGCAGCAGCAAUGGCGACCGCGGGAGUGACGGGCGCGGCAAGGCCAUCGUGCUGGGCGACAUGAGUGUUGAGGGACAGCUGCUGCUGGCCAGGGCCUUUGUGGCCACCGCCCACCAGCCUGAGGAGCGGUGGCUGCGGGCCUGGGAGCGCGCCGUGGUGGGCUCGGGACUUCCGGCGGCCACCCCUGCUCAGGUGGCGGCGCUGGCGGCGGCACUGCACGCGCUGUCGCGGUCGACCCGAACCGCAGCACCCAGUGAUGACAAGGGCACUGCCCCCGCCACCACGGCGCCGGUCGUGCCGCGCCCGCGGUUUGUGGCCGCUGCCGCGGAGCGGCUGCACGCCUCGUCGGGCGGCGUCAGCCAGGCUGGAGGCGCAGCGGCGCUGUGCGCGCUGACGCUGCAUCUGGGCGAGCUCGUGUCUUCUACCUCCUCCUCUUCCUCCUCCGCGGCGCCUAGGAUCCGCGCGGAGGACCAGGCGCGGGCCCAGGCCCAAGUCCAAGCGGUGGGUGAGGCGCUGCUGGCCGCCGUGACGGCGCCAGGCGCACUGGCCGGCCUGGACGCGCCGGACCUGGCCGCCCUAGCUGCCGGCCUCAGCCUCAUGCAGCUGCGGCUGCCGGCGGAGGUGUGGUCCGCCGCACUGUCACGCGCCACCGACGCGCCGGCGCUGGCGGCCGCGCUGACCGGUGCGGCGCGGCGCGGCAUGGAGCUAGGGCUGCCGGCGGGCAUCAAGCUGCCUGCCUUCGACCACUUUCUGUCCAUGGCGGGACAGCAUGUGUCCGGUCUGGAGGCGCCGGCACUGGUGGGGCUGCUGGGCCUGGCGGCGGCUGUGCGCGGCUCGCUGCGGCCGGCGCUUGCCGCCACCGCGCUGACGCGGCUGGCGGAGACGGCGCCGGCGCUGGGCCCCGCGGACGCCGCGUUUUUGCUGGCCACCGUGGACGCGCUGGGGCUCAACCUGGCGGCGCCGCUGGUGGCGCGGCCGCUGGCGGUCGCUGGGGUGGGCAGUGCCGAGGCGGGCGCCGGAGGCCAGGAGCCUGUGCAUGAGGCGGCGCUGACGCCGGCGGCAGUGCUGCGGCGUGUGGCUGACGGCGGCGCGCUGGAGCCGCGGCGCGUGGCGGCGGAGCUGGGGCUGGAGCGGUGCGCGGUGCUGGUGGAGCUGGUGGCACGACUGCAGCAGGCGGCGGACGCGGCGGAGGCGGAGGCGCGGGCGGAGGCCGCGGCGGCGCUGGCUCCCGCGACAGCAGACGAGCAGCACCCGCACCACCAGCAGGCGGCGCAGACCUCGCAGCCUGGCCGCCUGGUGUCGCAGCGGCAGCUGGAGGAGCUGCUGGAGCUGCUGCAGCCGUCGCUGCAGGCGUCCGCCUCGCCGGCGGCACUGGUGGCGCUGGCCAGCGGUGCGGCGGCGUUGGAGGUGGCGCUGUCGCCGGCCUGGCUGGCAGCCUUCGUGGCGGCGGCGAGGGCCGCGCUUCCGGACCUGGACCCUCUCACGUCCUCGCGCAUUGCUGUGGCGCUAACGCGCUGCGAGCAGCUGGCUAGCCGGUCGGCGCAGCCCGCGGCUACAGGUGCUGGUGAGGCCGAGGGUACGGUGCGGGACGCGGUCGCGGAGUGGAUGGGCGAAUACGUGGCGGACCAGCAGCGCAAGAUGGCCGCAGCGCCGCCGGCGGCGCUGGCGCUGACGGUGCAGGUGGUGGCGGCGCGGGGCCUGAGCCUGCCUGAGGGCUGGCUGCAGUCCUUCCUGGCGGCCUGCACGCCCUCGCUUGAGGCGCCGCUGCCGCUGACGCAGGCGCAGGCCGCCGGCGCCGCAGCCGCAGCUGCAGCCGUGGCGUCCAGCCGUGGCAGGCCCGCGGCCCCGCGGCCUGGUGCUGCCGGUGGCUUGGCUACGUCGGCUGCUGCUGCAUCUGCUGCCUCGUUCACGCCCUCGCAGCUUGCAACCCUGCUGCGCUGCCUGGCUGACCUGCAGCAGCAGGCGCGGCAGCAGCCGGCCGGCGUCGUGCCUGCUGCCUGGCUGGCGCUGGCGGCGCGCCAGGUGGAGGGGCGGCUGGUGCACUUUUCCCACCCCGACCUGGCGGAGGCGCUGUACGGCAUGAUGCGGCUGGGCGGCGCCGUACACGAGGGUGCCGCCAAUCAGUUAGUCAUCUUGUCGCAGGGCGGCGGCAAGCUGGCGGUGGCGUCGCCGGUGCUGCUGGCGCACACGCUGGCGCCCGUGGCGGUGGGUGAGGGGCGCAAGGUCAGCCCGCGGUGGUGGGAGGAGGUGCAGCGCGUGGCCGCGGCGCAGCUGCGGAGCCUCGGCGCCGCCCCGGCGUCGGACGCAACUGCAGAACUGGCGUCAGUCGUGAUGUCGCUGCUGACGUUGCGCCGCGACAAGGCCGGCACGGAGUUCUCUGAGCAGCUGUCGUCCGCCAUGGCGGCGGCGGUGUGUGGCGACGGGGACGCCGCGUCAGGGGCUGCGGCGGGGGCCCUGGCGGCAGCCCUGCCGGCCGCUGCGGCGACCAUGUACGUGGAGGCGGCGGCGCGCGAGCCGCGUGGUCUGGGUCAGCGCGUGCCGCCGGCGGCGCUGCUACAGACCUACCUGCAGCACAGCAACACCCUCCUGGGCGCCUGGACUGCUACUGCUGUCGCAGCCAAUGCCUCUGCUGCCAGCGAAGAUGAGGCCACAGCCACCGCCGCCUCCUCCGCUUCCUCGGUGCCUGCCAAGGCCGGUGGCAGGGACGCCAAGCGCGCUCGUGCCCAUAGCGCCAAGCGUGCCGACAAGCGCUCCGCAAGCAGCAGCACCGGCAGCAGCAAUGGCAGGGGCCUGCCAGCUCACCUGGUGGAGCACCUGAGCUCCGCGCUCGCGGUGGGGCGGCUCCUGGUGGCGCUGCCGUCGGCGCAACAGCCGGCCGCCGCCGGACCCUGGCUGCUGUCACUGGUGGCAGCGGGGGCGGCAGCGGCGGAAUCGCUGGAUGUGGCCGACGCCGCAGAGGUGCUGUGGCUGGUCGCCACGCUGAGCCGCAGCGGUGGUGGUGCGGGCGCCGGUGUCGUGGCUGCGCAGCAGCAGGUGGCGGCGCUGGCAGCGCGUGUGAACGGCGAGGCGCCGGGCGCUGCGGCUCCGGGUGCAGCGGGGCGGCCCUCUGGGCGCCUCAGCCCGGACGCAGCGGUGAACGCGGUAUGGGCGCUGCGCGUGCUCAAACUCAUGCCCAGCAGCAAGCUGCUGCUGGAGGCAUCACGCGGUCUGCCUCGGCGGCUGGCGGCGCGCUCGCUGUCGCCCGCUGACGUGCACUUGCUGGUGUCGGCGCUGGCAACCGGCGGAGACGACGUGGAGGCAGCCGUUGCGGCUGCGGACGCCGCCGCCGCCGCGCCCUCCGCCGCGCCGCACUCCUCCCUCACGGCCGAGCUGGGUCGCUGGCUGCUGUCGCAGCUGCUGGAGCCCAGCUCCGCCUCCAGCGCCGCCGCCCUGGAUGACGAGCAGCUGGCGGACCUGGUGGACGCCGCCGCCGUGCUGGGGCUGGCCCUGCAGCGCGACUGCCCCGAUGCGCUGGCCGCCGCCGCGGGCCGCCUGGCCGCCGCCGCGGUGCAGGGCGGCCUGCGCGGCGACGCCCUGGUGUCUGCCCUCACCGGCCUGGAGAAGCUGGGCCACGCGCCGCAGCCUGAGGUGCUGGACGCGCUGUGCGAGGCGGUGGCGGCCGGCGCCGCCGACGGCAGCCUCAGCGGGCUGCACAACCUGGCGGCGGCCGCGGCGUCGCUGUACGACCUGGGCGCGCGGCCCGGCGCCGACUGGCUGGGCGGGCUGGGUGAGGCGGUGGUGGGCGCCAUUGACGCGGAGGAGCGCCUGGCACCGCGCACGGCGGUGUGGGCGCUGCAGCUGCUGGCGAGCCGCUUCGAGGGCAACUUCAUGAUCCUGGCGCUGUCGGCCACACAGGCCGUGACGCAGGACCUGCAGGAGCAGCUGGCGGCUGCGGGCGACCCGGGCUACCAGGGCGCAGGCGCAGCGGCGGCGGCGGACGGCCCCUCGUCGCUGGCCGCCGCGCGGGAGGCGGCGCUGGCCCAGGCGGUGCAGGCGGCGCAGGACGCGGAGGGCGACGACCAGGGCCUGGCUGCGGCGCAGGCGGACGCGCAGCGCUACCUGUGGGAGCGCACAGACACAGACCUGGUGCUGCAGCUGCUGAGGGCACUGCGCACCGCGAAACAGCCCGUGCCGGAGUCAUUGUGGCGGCUGGUGGAGGCGGCGGUGCGGCCCGCGCUAAGGAAGCUGGGGCCCGUUGCGGGUGGUGGGAAGGCGGAGGUCGAGGGCGGUGCAGGUGGGGGCGCGGGUGCGGUGGUGGUGCUGGGUCUGACGGAGCCGCAGCUGGCGGCGCUGCUGGGUACCAUGGCGCUACUGGACCACAGCCCCAGUCGGGCGUUCCUGGAGGACGUGGAGCGCGCUGUGGCGCCGCGCAUGACGGUGCAGUCGCCCGAGCUGCUGGCGCCGCUGGCGGAGCACUGCGCGCGGCUAUCGUACACGCCCUCCCAGGCCUUCAUGCGGCCACUAGUGAAGCGCCUAGACGAUCUGCUGUCGCGCGGCGGCGUGUCCACGCCCCACGCCCUCUCGCUCACGCGCUUCCUGUCCACCCUGGUGGUGGCGGGCAUCCACGGCGACGCCGAGCUGGAGGCGCAGCGGCCCCGGUACCUGAGCCUCAUGCAGUCGCUGGUGCGGUGCACGCGUGGCGAUGCGCUGCUGGCGCUGGUGCGAGAGCAGGGCCCUGAGCUCGCGUCACAGCUGGUGUGUGUGCUGCUGGUCAUUUGCUCCUCCUUCCGCAUCAGCCUGCCGCUGUCGCUCCCCGAGGGCGCGUCGGACGAGACGCCGGCCGCGGCAGCGGCGCGGGCCGAGUGGGCAAACGCGGUGCAGGCGCUGACACUGGGCGAGAUGGGCAGUGCGGCUCUGAGCUGGGGGCACACCGGCUGGCUGUUGAGCCAGCUGGCGGAGGCGGAGGACAAGCAUGUCACGGUGCAGGCCGAGUGGCUAUCCGCAUAUUACAAGGGCUUGGAGGCGGCGGCGGUUAGCCUGCCGCCUGCGGAGCUGGGCAUUGCCGCGGCGGCGCUGGCGGCCGGGCGCCGUGGCUUCCAGCAACACCUGGCGCCCACGCUGCCGGCGCGCCUGGGUGCGGUGCUGGAGGACCGCAUCCGCGAGUUCGCGAUGCUGCCGGGGGUGCUGACGCGGCUGCUGCUGGCGCUGGGCGGCAUGGGACACACGCUGCGUACCGAGGUGCUGCAGGCGGUGGAGGCGCUAAUUUCACCACCACUCGAGGGCUCAGUGAAUUGCCUGCAGCAGGCGCGGCAGUUGAUGGAGCAGCAGAAGAAAGCGGCGGCGGCGGGCGGGCAGGGCGCCGCCUCGCCCGAGCAGCUGCAAGAGGUGUUGGAGGCGGCGGAUGGGGCAUUGGACCUGGUCAGCAGCCAGGCCAUCUUCACACUCGCACAGGCGCUGCGCACUCAGGCAUACCGGCCCGGCCCCAAGCUAACUGACGCACUAAUGGCGGCAUGCCACCUUCUGUCUGAGAACACCACCGUCGACAUUGCCCUCUCCGACAAAACCUCACCAGCCGCUUCGCUGCUGGCGCCACACUGGCGUAGCCUUACACAUUUGACCGCGGUGAUGGGCGCGCUGAGCGAGUGGGGCGUGACGCCAACCUCCACCUGGACGGCGGCGGCAGCAGAGGCGGUGGCGGUGGUGUGCAACCUGACCACGCGCGAGACUGUGCGGCAGGCGGAGGAGCUGCCCGACCGCGACCUGCAGGGCAUGGUGUCGGCGCUGGUGCUGCUGGAGGCCUGGGGCUGCCGCUUCACGACCGACCAGGUGGUCAUGCUGGUGGCGGCGCUGCGGGCGCGGCUGGAGCUGUGGCAGGUGGCGGAGCUGCGCUUCAGCCCCGAGCUGGCGGAGCUGCUGGAAGGCGGCCUGCAGCGCCUGCACGAGGGAGGCGACUUCAUCCCGCAUGAGGCGCUGGCCGCAUACGCAGACAUGGUCGGCUUGGACGGGGAGGGCGCGGCAAGCGCUGGUGCUGGCAGUGCGUCUGGGUUUGGCGGCGCUGGCGCGCCGCGCGUAUCGGUUCGGCCGCCGCCGCGCGCUGGCACAGGGUUUGGAGGCGCGGGACGGAAGGCAGCGGCUUCGUCCGCGACCGCGGCGGUGGCGGCGGCGGCGCCGCAGGCGGCUGAGUACCGUGACCUACGGCCCUCGGGUGCCGCGGAUGCGGCGGCGUCUUCCGGUGCAGGUGGGAUGGCGGUGGACUCGGCGCUGGAUGACCUGCUAGCAGGUGUGGCGGGGCCGUCCGCGGUGGAGAACCUGGCGGCGGACGUGGCGGCAGCCUUCGCUGCCAGCACCAGUGCAACUGGAGCCAGCGAAGGCGGCGACGCAGGCGCCAGCACACGCACUGUGGCGGGCGCUACGAGUGCGCCGGCGGCUGCGGACACCGCGGCGGCGCAGGUGGAUGUGCCAAGCACGCGUGGGCCGUCUUUCCGGCGGCGCGCGGCGCCCACGCAGCCUGCCGGCAUGUCGCUUGACAGCCGGCUGGGCCGCGCGGCGGUGGACCAGCUGCUGCAAAUGGUGUCCGCGCCCGCCACGUCGUCUGGUGCGGUGCCCCUGGCUUCCACUCCUGAAGCUGCGGCGGCGGGCGGUGGCGGAGCGGCUGCUGGCACUGCGGCGGCGGCUGCAGCUGCAGGCGCGCGGGCUCGCAGCCAGGCACGUUCAGCUCGUGUCGCGGGGGCUCCGGUGGCUGGGCCGACCCGUGCGCCAGCGGCGGGCAGUGCGAGUGCCCCGGUUCGGCCGGCGGGUGCUGUUGUGCCGCCGCAAGCGGCUGGAGCUCUGAAUCCUGAGGAUCCCCGCACCUGGAACUUGCUGGAUUCAGAGCUGAACGCGGUGGCUGGCGCGGGUGGUUUGCCUUCUGGGCUAGAGGUGGUGGAGCCCCAGGUUCUGGAGCCGUGACGCGAUGGCUAGAGUGGGGCUCAUGUAAUUGUGCGUGUGUUGCUUCAUUGCAGGCGUGUCGGGCGUACGGUAUGUUAUAUCAGGCUGUAGCAUUGGAUUAGCCCUUGGUGGUGUAGUGUUCAGGGCUCACUGAGGCAUGAAGCAGAUCGUGGAGCUCGUAAUAUUCGUGGGUGUGCGGCGGACCUGGCUGCUCCCGGAGCAGCAGUGUAGGGGGCUCAUCGCUGCAUGCGUAAUGCACCGUAUGACGCUGACUGGUCGAGCCUGGACAUCUUCAUAUAAGAACAAUUGAGAAGGGCAUAUUGCAACCAAUUGUAAUACUACUGUAUGUAUCGAACAUACUGUAAACAGCGAGUGCAAGUAGCUUAGCAGGUCAGCUCGGAAAAGAAGCCGAGCACUACAAAUCCAUUUAUGCGUAAGCUACAUACAUUAUGCUGAACUUCAUCAUACUGCAGCUGCUAAUGCUGUGCUUCUGGGCUUUCGGUGAGCUGUCGUUUGCUUUCGCGCUGGUUUGCGAGUAAAGCUGU